AUGCAGCUAGUCAAAAUAUCAAGAUGUGAACUUCCAUACCUGAUAUCUCUGAAGAAUAUUGACAUCGGAUCACACGAUAACCCCGCCCCCGCAUCAUGCAAGCUUUGCAAGCAUUGCACCGAAAAUCUCGAUUACGUGUGCAAGGGUGCCGAAGCACUCUACAAGGAGGCCCAGUGGCGAAAUGAACGCGUAGACCAGAAAAAGAUCCCCGGGCCCUUCUCCCUGGCACUCAACACCCGGGCCCCUACUGUAACCAGCCAUGUGGGUAGUAACUCGAACAUGCGUGGAGAAUUUUGGAACAAAUGUAAUAUGGAAAGCAAUGACUCAAAACGGUUCAUCAAUCACUAUUGGUUGCUCGAAGCUCAGCAAUCCCCUGGCCCUGAAACUCCUUGCCGAGAAAGGAUCAGCAGUCCCCAGCGCCUGGGCAGCAUCCCGGGAAGCUCCACGAAAGCUCAAACGGUGCAGAAUCAAGGAACGUAUGCUAGCAAUCCCACAGGUUAUUGGGGGAGCUUCAACGAAGAUGCCUGUGCUAAAGACGAAUGA